AUGAAAAGCUCCAAGCUCGAGGGAUGUUACUGGAAGACGGUGGCAGUGAUUUGGUUAGUUUGUCUCGUGACACUAGUGAAGACACAGAUACCAGGCUUCGGUACAUGUCCAGAUUAUUCGCCGAUACAACGCUUCAACCGAACACGAUUCCUGGGAACUUGGUACGAGAUCGAGCGAUACUUUACCGUCACCGAGGUCGCUACCAAGUGUGUUUCGGUGACGUACGAGCAGCGUGCCGAUGGAAAGAUUCACGUCCGCAAUGCGUACACUAAUCGAUUUAAUGGUGUGGAGAGAAUCAUCUCAGGCGUGAUGGAUAAGGGUGGCAAGGCAAAGGAAGGACGCUACCAGAUCGAGUACACCUCAUUCCCGUACAACUACAACGCAUCGGUGAUGGUGCUGGACACCGAUUACGAUUCCUUUGCCGUGCUGUACUCUUGCAGUUCCUUUGGUCCUGUUGGGCAUGCCGUAUCCGCCUGGAUGAUGGCUCGGGAACGCCUUCCCGGUGGUCCAGUCCUGCAGCGUGCCUACGGUGUACUGGACAAGUACAAAAUAUCCCGCACGUUCUUCCUGCGCACGAACCAGGAAGACUGUGUGACGCUACCACCGCCCGAACCAGCUAUUGACCCUACGGAACCAACCACCCAGAAUGCCCGCAACGACGGAGUUGUGGUACGAAAUGAGGAAGAUCUCCAGCAGUUGCGCAGUGAAAUCUUUGCCGUUGGACCUAAACCAUCCAUUGCGGUUGAUCCCGUUGAAGAGGAUCACCAAUAA